UCCUACCUUUCACCCAUCCCAAUUAUCACCCUGAUGUUUUUUUCACUCUGAUAUAUAUGCCCUCAGGGAAUGGUAGCUCCCAAGACUUCUAUCCAUUCUCCCUCUCUCGCAUCUAUAGAUCAUGUGCUUUCACCAGGCCCAGGAUCCUAUAUUUAGUACCAGGUUACAUGGAACAGUUCCAUUUCUGACAACUGAUGGGGUAAGGUGUGGCAGAGAGUCCUGACUACAGGAUGCAGAAUAUUCAGACAGUUGCAUGUGAGACUUAGCUGGUAAGGUCAGGGAACUGCAUGUCUCUGUUAUAUCUAGUGGAAAUGGGGAGCUGAGUGAGAAUUACACAGGUAUGAGGCCUUUAAUGAUAGCCUGAAGUCCUGAGCCUCUACUGAGGAAGGUGGGUGGUAGGGAAAGUUUGAAUCAGAGGAGAAAGGUGCUAUGACCUAGCCUAACAGGCUUCCUCUGGCUGCAAAUUGGAAGAAAGAUGGGGCUGGGGGUACGGAUGAGUGAAGGCAGGAAUAUUUGGAGGGGGGAUUUCCUGCAGCAAUCCAGAUGAGUGUUGGUGGUGUUACACAAGAAUGCUAGUUGUUGAGAUAGAGGAUUGGUUGGUUUCUGGAUGUAUUUUGAACUAGAGCUGCCCAUGUUUUAUGUAAUGGAGAGUGAGGGACUCAAGAAAGUAGGCUGAUAGGAAGAAUUGGGGAUGACUUCAGGUUUCUGGGCUUGUUAGGAAGGAUGGAUGCCUCAUCAACUAAAAUGGGCAAAGUCAGCUUUAGGAGGAAUUUGCAGGUGGAAUAAGGAGAGUCCGUUUUUGUCCACGUCACAAAUGUUCCAGAAACUCCCAAGGGGAGGUGUUGAGUGGGCACUUUUACACAGAGGGCUGGAGUUCAGAGGACAGAUUCAGGAUGGAGACAGCCACAACAUAGUGGCCCGUGUGUGGACUACGAUGAAGCCAAAGGACCGUGUGGUCUUUGAGGACGUGGCUGUGUAUUUCUCCCAGAAGGAGUGGGGCCUCCUUGAUGAAGCUCAGAGACACUUGUACCAUGCUGUGAUGACGGAGAACUUUGCACUUGUGACCUCCCUAGGUUGUUGGCAUGGAGUCCAGGAUGAGGAGACACCUUCUGAGCAAGAUGUUUCUGUAGGAGUGUCACCGGUCAGGACUCCAAAGCCAGAUCCAUCCUCCAGGAAGGCCCAGCCCUGUGAGAUAUAUGGCCCACUCUUGAAAGACUUUUUGCAGCUGCUUGAGCAUGAUAGAAUGUUCUCUGAUCCCAGACUAUACUUUGGUGGGGCAACUUUUCCACACCAGAAGGAGCAGAUUAGAGACAAACUUUCCAGAAGGGGUGAGUGGCAGCCUUCAUUUCUGACCAACAGCAGCGUUCACAUGGCAGAGAGGACCUUGACAUGCAACAGAGACAGAAAGGACUUCUCAGGCAGCGCAGGCCUUCUGCAGCAGCCGGCCCCUCACAGUGUGGGGAAGCCACACAGGGACACUGAGUGCAGGGAGGCCUUUGGUAGGGGACAGAGUGAUUACAGGUGUACUCAGUGUGGGAGAGCCUUCAGCUGAGAAAAGAUGCUUGUUGAGCACCAGAAAAUCCACACUGGAGUAAGGCUUUAUGAGUGCAGCAAAUGUGGGGAAUUCUUCAAGUACAAUGCUAACUUCAUAAAACAUCAGAGAAUUCACAAUGGAGAAAGCCCUUAUGAGUGCAGAGAAUGUGGAAAAUUCUUUAGAUAUAACUACAGACUGGUAAGACAUGAGAGAAUUCACACCGGAGAAAGGCCAUAUGAGUGCAGUGAAUGUGGGAAAUCUUUCAUGUACAGCUCAACAUUCAUUAGACAUCAGAGAGGUCACAUUGCAGGAAGGCCUUAUAAGUGCAGUGAAUGUGGGAAAUUCUUUCAGUAUAACUCCACACUCAUUAAACAUCAGAGAGUUCACACUGGAGAAAGGUUUAUUUAUAAGUGCAGUGAAUGUGGAAAAUUCUUUAGAUACAACUCUGCAUUCAUUAAACAUCAGAGAGUCUACAGUGGAGAAAGGCCUUAUGGGUACAGUGAAUGUGGGAAAUUCUUUAGGUACACCUCCACACUCACUAGACAUCAAAGAAUUCAUACUGUAGAAAGGCCUUAUGAGUGCAGUGAAUGUGGGGAAUUCUUUAACUACAAGUCCAAGUUUAUUAAACAUUGGCAAAAUCACACUGGAGAAAGGUCUUACGAGUGCAGUGAAUGUGGGAAAGGCUUCAGGUACCACUGUAGACUCAUUAGACAUAAGACAGUUCACAGUGGAGAGAGGCCUUAUGAGUGCAGCGAAUGUGGGAAAGCCUUUAGCCAUAAGAAUGUACUUCUUCAGCAUCAGAAAACCCAUACUGGAGAAAGGCCUUAUGAGUGCAGAAAAUGUCAGAAGGCCUUCAUUAGGAAGUCCUACCUCAUACAUCACCAGAAAAUCCACAGUGAAAACGAUAUGAGUGCCCUUAAUGUGGCAAACUCUUUAGAUACAACUCCAACCUCAUUCAGCAGAGAAUUCACAGUGGUCAAAAACUUACGAGUUCAGAGAAUAUGGUAAAUUCUUUAGGUACUACUCCAAACUCCUUACACUGGAGGAGCACCUUAUGGUUGAUGUUGGAAUGGGCCUUAUGAGUACAGAAAAUAUGGGAAAUUGGUACAGCUCCCCACUCAUUAGACGUCAAGAGUUCACAUUGGAGGAAGGCCUUCUGAGUGCAGUGAAUGUGGAUAAGUCUUUAGGUGAAACGUCAGGCCCAUUGCACAUCACAGAUUUCACAAUGCAGAAAGACCUUGUAAGUACAGUGAAUAUGGGCAUAUUUUCAGCCAAAAUUUCUACCUCAUUCACCAAAAAUUUCACAACAGGGGGAGUGUUGCAAAUGGGGAAAGACUUCAGCAAAAUAUCUGCUGUAAUCUAUCCUUAAUAGUAUCCUAAUACAGUAUUUUUUUUUUUUACAUUUUACAUUUUUGAUUGUGGCAAAAUACAUGUAACAAAGUUUACCCUCUACGUUUUUGUUUUUGUUUUUGUUUUUGCGGUACACGGGCCUCUCACUGUUGUGGCCUCUCCCGUUGCGGAGCACAGGCUCCGGACGUGCAGGCUCAGCGGCCAUGGCUCACGGGCCCAGCCACUCCGCAGCAUGUGGGAUCUUCCCGGACCAGGGCACGAACCCGUGUCCCCUGCAUCAGCAGGCAGACUCUCAACCACUGCGCCACCAGGGAAGCCCUACCCUCUACCUUUUUAAUUGUACAGUUUAGUGUGUUUACAAAUUCAAGUAUUUGUGCAACUAAUCUCCAGAAUUCUUUUCAUCUUGCAAAAAUGAAACUCUAUACCCAUUAAACAACAUCUCUUCCUAUGCCCUAUUGGACCUGUCUUUAUGAAUUUGAUUACUCUGGAUAAUUUAUAUAAGUGUAAUCAUACAUUUUUCAUCUCUUUGUAACUGGCUUAUUUAGCUUAGCAUAACUUCCCCAUGUUGAAGCAUUUGUCAGCAUUUCCUUCUGUUUUGAGAAGGAAUCAGAAUUGACCCACCCAAGACAUGGGGAAGGGUGCUGAUGGAGUCAAUACUACCUUGCCAGAUAUGAUUUUUGUAGAGGAAGAGAUUUAGAUUUUCUUAACCCCUUUAUUGUUGUACUGACAUAAAAUAAACGGCAUUUAUUAAAAAUGUAA